CUAUCAGGCUCACAGGAAGCGGUCGAUUUUGCAGAAGAAUGGGGAGCUGGAUACUAUGCUCAUAUCAAAAGAGUAUCCCAGGGUGGGGAGGGUACUUUCAACGCAGAUAUCAUGCACCGACGAAUAUUGGACGAUAUGCUCACCACCCCGCGCUGGUCUCAUCUUGUAGACGUCUGGGGCGAAUCCGAUCGUGAAGAACUGACCAUAAUCUGGCACAACUUGGACGGUACGUACCUUCAGGAAAGUAUAGAGAUAAUCCUGACCGAUCACCCCUUGAUUUCAAAAGCGUAUCAGGAUACCAUCCCCGGCCUGACAGAACUCAAACGCCACGUCAACAUCCUCGCUCUAUAUAUGCGAGCAUGA